UUAUGCUGGUUUGGCCCGAUAACUACACAGAAAGAGAGACAAGUGGCUCCUGUGCUCCUGAAAAUCAGCUCCGAAAGAGGGCAGGUGUCCAACCUCUACCUUAGUACCUGCUCAGAUCCGCCUAGAAACUCCAUGCCAAGGACUGAGGCUUCUGUGGUGGCGGUGGUGAUCCCUGGUGGCGUUCUUUCCGUGGAGGACGUCGAGGACCUGUAUCUAUUUGGAUUCAUGAUAACCGGGUUCCUGCUGUUUGGAGUUGGUGGAUACCUGGUUUUUCGAGAAAUUCGGAAGCUGAGGGCAACUGGUGGCGGGUUGCCUGUUGAGCCGGUUUACCGGGCCAUCAACGCUCAGACUCAAACCUUGUGCGAGUUGUCUCGCAAACAUGAUGCGCUGUUGCAGAUGCAUUUCAAGUAUAGUUUAGAGUACGCACAGUACAUGAAUGGCAGACUGCAGCCAGCCUGUCAGUCGAAGCUCGUACUUGCAGUAUCCAGCAAUAACCUGCUGGCAGAUGGUAAUCAGUGUGAUUCUUUUUCCCGUUACUAUAAGCCGUCUAGUAUUUCGGCAUUUUUCUCGUUUGAUAUGCCUCCUAAAGUCAAAUCGUCUACACAGCAACAGAGACCUGCUUCUCAUGCUACAUCCCCGCCUCGUGGUGACUCUCCCUCCAGCCCGGAUGAUUUCGCUGGAGGCACUUCUUCCUCGGCCUUUAAGACCGAGCUGCUAUCGGCACUCCGGGUUGAAAUGGCACUUAUUUUCAAAACCGAACUCCAAGCAGCUCUUAUUGAAAACUUUCGGAAUUAA